UCGGUGUGCACACACUGGCACCCAGACCAAACAAAUCAUUUUGGCAAAUAAAUGGAAUUUUUAGCUUAAAAUGGACGAGGAAGAGCAUCUACACAGGUUCGGCACUCCACUGGCGCCCCUGGAGAAGGACGUUGUGCCUGCCAAGAAACCGGUUGCCAUAGAGGAUCAAAUUGUGAAGGAUGAGAAUGGAAAGCGGAGGUUCCAUGGCGCCUUCACCGGCGGCUUUAGCGCUGGAUUCUGGAACACCGUGGGCUCCCUGGAGGGCUGGACGCCGCAGACAUUUAAGAGCUCGCGCGCGGAGAAGGCGACGCCGAGGGUUCAGCUUAAGCCGGAGGACUUCAUGGACCACGAAGACCUGGGUGAGUUUGGCAUCGCACCGCAGGGAAUACGCACCCGCGAUGAGUUCGCCAAGGAGGAGGAGCAGGAGCAACGUUCCGGUCAACGCCGUCGCAAGCUGAUGCAGCCGGAUGCGCCAGUGGGUCCCAUACCAGGAGUUCCGGUCCUGGAGCAACUGCUGCGUCCGGUGCGGGACAAGGUGGCCGUGCGCAUACUCAAGAGCAUGGGCUGGAAGCCCGGCCAGGGAGUGGGACCGCGGCAAACGCGAAAGGAGAAGCGCCAGGCCACCGCCAGGAACACCAGGGAGCAGUAUCUCCUCGAGCACUACGGCGCGGAGGGAUUACCUGCCCAAACAGAGGCAAACGAGGAAGAUGGCAAUGCUGAGGAUGAAGACGACGACGACGAGGAUAUUACCUUUGCGCCCGACGACUACGAGCCCAUCUUCUACACGCCCAAGGAGAAUCGCUUUGGCAUGAGCUACUCCGGUCUCAGCCGCGAUCCCAUCCUUUCGAAAUCCUCCUCUAGCUCUGCGAAGCCCAUGCAGCACAUCAAUCUCUUUGGCCAGAUGGAGGAGCAGGCCAACAAGAAGCAGCUCUCCAUACGGGGUCAAGCCUUUGGAGUGGGAGCCUUCGAAGAGGAGGACGAGGAUAUCUACGCUCGCGACGAUAUGACCCGCUACGACUUCUCGCUGGCGGACAAGAAGCCCAAGCAAAAGAAACAGCAGCACGUCCAGCAGCGCCACGUCAUCGAUGGUUUCAGUGAGGACAAAUCGGGCGCGGCCCUGCAGAAGCCCUACGCCAUUGAUUUGCCCAGGGAUUUUGAGCCCAGGAAUUGGCUGCAGCGAAGGAGUCGCUUUGCGCCCAUGGACAAGGAACGAGCCAAAAAGCUGGAGACUGCCACGGAGUACAAACGCUCGGGUCUGGGAAGGCAUGAUCUCAAUCCUGACCAGCGAGCGCAGCUUCUGGGGGAGCAGAAAAAGGAGGAAGAGCAGCCGAAACGGAAUCCCUUCAAGGAUCGCGGAAAAUCCCUGCUAGAGCGCAUCAAUGCCAGGACUGAGGGUUUCACCAAGGGCGGAUUGAUAACCGAAAGUGGCGAAGAGAAGCUAACAGAAUUGGCUAAAGAGGUAAAGAAUACAAAUGCAGUUAUACUGGAGAAAGCUGCCCUCAAGACCAAAGAUUUGGCCCCCGCAACAUCAUCUUCAGGCGCUUUUAAACCCUUCCUUGCCGAUGAAGCUAAACAGCUGCGAUACGAAAAGUUUGUAGCCUCAAAACUAACAGACGACACAGCAAUAACUGAGCUCCUGGCCACCAUGCAACCCGUUACACUUUCCCUGUGGGACAGGGAGAUGGAGAAGAAAGAGUUCGUCCAGGCGGCCAAGAUCUAUCGCCCAUUAGAUGGCCUUAUGAACGACAGAUUCGUUUCGGAAGCAAAUGUACAGGCAGAGAAGGUCAAAGAGCAGGCAAAGGACGCGGAGGAGCGAAAGAUCGUGAUGGAACGGACCAAGACCAUGUGGAAACCCACCUCUCUCCUUUGCAAGCGGUACAAUAUUGCCGAGCCCUUUGGCGGCGCCAUGUUAGAGCCGGAAAAGGAACUCAAAGCCAAGCCGAAGAUUUCAGUAUUCGAUUAUCUAGAGACGUCUGUUAACACAAAAGCCAACUUUCAGACUCCCUCCAUUUUUCCCAAGCACAUAGAAAAGACAAAGGCGAUAGAAGUAGAACCAACGCCAGCUCUUCCUCCUGCAGUUGAGGUACAGGAAACACGCACUUCCAAAGAAGAGCCAUCCAAGUUCACUUUCGUGCCGAAAACUCCAUUGGAACAGGCGGUGGACGAAUCGCGCAACAAGCCCAUUUCAGAGAAAACGGACCUGUUCAAGAGCAUCUUCGAUGACAGCGACGAGGAGGAGGAGGCAGCUGAAAAGCAGCCAGAGAAUGCAGUCCAGGACAAAUUGGCUGCAGUGCAAGAGGCUCUGGGCUUACCUUCAAUGUCCUCAACUUCAGCGGCCGCACAUAAUGUUCUCAGGAAUACUUCGCCACCUAGAGGAAUAUUUGCAGCGCUGUUUAAGCCCAAGGAAGUGGAGGCCCAGGCCCCCAAAGACCCAGCUCCACCGAAGUUCGCUCCCAUUGAGGGGAAUAAAUUGAAAAUCUCCUACAAAUCACGAGAAGAGCGAUUGAGAAACGACAAAGAGUUGGCAAUGGCUGAGGUGCCGGCCGAAGAUAUAUACGGGCCAAAGCUGCCAGGAGCAGUUCCUCAGAAGCCUGCAGCCCCAGAGGAUCAGGCAGAGGCUACCAUCGAUGCCAAACUACAGCAGCUGUGGCAGCAGCACGCUCCCAAAAAGCGGAAAGUUGAAAAGUGGGUGGAAAAGAAAAGCGUAUCCAGCAGCGAAGACAGCGACGACAGUUCCAGCGACAGUUUAUCCUCAGAUUCUUCUGGGGACCAGGCAAAGAGAUCUAAGCCCAGCAAACCCAAGAAGUCGCACAAGAGCUCCAGCUCGAAAAAGUCUAAGAAAUCAAAACUGAAAUCCAAGAAAAAGUCCAAAAAGAGUGACAAAUCCAAGCACAAGACCAAGAAGAAGAAGAGUAAACACUGAUUUUAAAUACUUAAUAAAUAGUUUCCGAUUUCUCUUUUCCUAAGUCAAUCACUUAAUGGUUAAUAAAACAUUGGGCUCGGGCAAAUUUUAUUGGUUUUGUUUCCCACUUUUAAGUGCAAAUUUAAGUGCGUGCUCGAA